UUUACAAAACAAACUUCUAAACUUGUGAAACUUGGACUACAACAAUUUUGGAGACGUGACCUAGGCUGAUAAAUCAGUCAGCUUCGAGUAAUGUUGACCACAUGAAUUACUAAAAUACUAAAUCUACAAGAGUUUCCUGAGUGAACCCCUUGUGAAGUAGCCUUUCAGGUUGGCCUAUGAUGUCAUGACAUACAGGUACAUUUUGAGACUAACACAAUAAAACAUAUUAAUUAUUUUCAACAAGUAAGUUAAAACACACAUUUAAGCCAUUUUUUUAUCCAGAGAAAAAUUUAAACGAUAAAAUCCACAGCUUUAGGGACUUUAAGGCACUGAAUUGUAAGAAUUGCACGCAGAGCGUGUCGAAACUACAAUUCCCACAAUGCUUUUCGCGAUGUAUUAACAGCUGAGCUUACCAUCGAGACCCGCUUCAUGGCGAGUCGGAAUAUAAGUGGAGAGUUAUGUGUGAGAUGGAGUGCAGGAGGAAAAACUCAAGCCGGUCGAACAGUGGAAGUGGUGAAGACUCUCUGGACAGACUCCUCCCUGCGGUCAGCACCUCUCGCAGGAAAAGCAGCACUCUGGGUAAAACAGAACCUCCACUGCUCCGCACCGGCACACGUACCAUAUACACAGCCGGCAGACCGCCCUGGUACAAUGAACAUGGAGCCCAGUUUAAAGAAGCCUUUGUUAUUGGUCUGUGUGGUGGCAGUGCCUCUGGAAAAACUACUGUAGCCAAUAAAAUCAUUGAAGCUUUGGAUGUUCCUUGGGUGGUUUUGCUGUCUAUGGACUCAUUCUAUAAGGUUCUGUCUCCAGAGGAACAAGCACUGGCUGCCCAUAAUGACUAUAACUUUGACCAUCCUGGAGCUUUCGACUUUGAGCUGCUUGUGACCACUCUGCAGAAACUUAAACAGGGAAAAAGUGUAAAAAUCCCAGUCUAUGACUUCACUACACAUGGACGCCAGAAAAACUGGAAAAAUGUUUAUGGUGCAAGCGUCAUUAUCUUUGAAGGCAUCUUGUCCUUUGCAGACAAAGAGCUCUUGCAGCUGAUGGACAUGAAGAUUUUUGUAGAUACAGAUUCAGAUAUCCGGCUGGUACGGCGGCUGAGGAGGGACAUCACAGAGAGAGGCCGGGACAUUGAGGGGGUCAUUAAACAAUAUAACAAAUUUGUAAAACCAGCCUUCGAGCAGUACAUCGAACCCACCAUGAGACUUGCAGACAUUGUGGUGCCACGUGGUGGAGGUAACAUGGUGGCCAUUGACUUGAUCGUUCAGCAUGUUCACAGCCAGCUAGAAGAGCGUGAGAUUAGUGUCAGGGCGCUCCUGGCCACGGCCCAUCAGUCCCAGCCGCUUCCUCAGACUCUCAGUGUGUUGGAAAGCACACCACAGGUCCGCGGCCUCCACACCAUCAUCAGGAACAAAGACACCAGCCGUGAUGAGUUCAUCUUCUACUCAAAGAGACUGAUGCGGUUGCUUAUUGAACAUGCGCUGUCUUUCUUGCCCUCCAAGGCCUGUUUCAUCCAGACACCACAAGGCCAAGAGUAUGAGGGGCGCAGAUUUCGUGGGAAAGGGAUCACAGGUGUGUCCGUUCUUCGGGCCGGGGAGACCAUGGAACCUGCUCUGAGAGCCGUGUGCAAAGACGUCCGUAUUGGCAAGAUUCUGAUCCAGACUAAUCUAGAUUCAGGAGAACCAGAGCUGCACUACCUGCGACUGCCCAGAGACAUCAGUGAGGACCAUGUGAUAUUGAUGGACAGCACCGUUUCCACAGGAGCGGCAGCCAUGAUGGCAGUGAGGGUGUUGCUGGACCAUGAUGUCCAGGAAGACAAGGUUUUUUUGGUGUCUCUGCUGAUGGCAGAGUUGGGUGUUCACACAGUGGCUUACGCCUUCCCUCGUGUCAAAAUCAUCACCACUGCUGUGGACAAGAGUCUAGAUGACCUCCUUCAUGUCAUUCCAGGCAUAGGAGACUUUGGUGAUCGUUACUUUGGGACAGAUGGGUCUUCAUCAUGGAGUGAUGAAGAGCAGCAAGAACCACAUAGCUGCUCAUCAGAGGUUUGACCCACUGUUCAAGCAAUUCAGGCAGCUGUGGAUAGCGAGGAUCAACACUUACUGUAAUUUCAUAUAACCAGCCAGGAACAAAAAUACAUUUGCUAGUACACUCAUGAGGUGCAGUAUUUUGUAGCACUUCAUUUUAUGACCGUAUGUUCAUGAUAGGAUCUAAAACAGUAAACUGUUUUAGCAGUAAACAUAUGUUACAUUUGAUAUUUUAUUCUGGAUUAUUGGUUCUUCCUUAAUCAGUCACGAUAGUUCAAAAUGUUCAAACUAGACAUUUUUAUAUAUUUCUAAAUAUUAGUUUUUACAUUUGUAUAAAUAUACAAAAGAAUGGAUUGCUGGACCCAUUUGGCUGUUUAUUGGUUUUACACAUUCAACAUAAAAUAAACUGUCUAUGUCCCUAAAUUCAACAUCGGUUCUACAUUUUUAAGAGAUGUUUCUGUUUGAUCAUUCUUGAGGCAGCUAGCUUCGAGAGAGCAGGUUGGAAGAGUUUUUUUCCUUACAUGUACUGCUGCAGUAUUAACACCAGGGGGCAGUACUUCACUCCUCCUGUCUCAUUGUGAUUUUGCAGGUUCAGUAAGGACAUUUCAAAUCCAACUAUGGAACUCAAAUACAUUUGGGGAAAAUUUGUUGUUCACUCAGGAGUUAAGAGACAAUUUAGCUAAAAUGUUUCUACAAUCUUAAUAAAACAUCAGAAGAAGACCUUGACCUAGCCAUGACCUUGGUAACUAAAUAGAGUAGUGACUCGAGUAAACUCGAGGUGUUUUUGUUGAGAAACCCUGAGAGGAAACAAUUGCACAUAUACUAGAUACCUCUGGGUGAAGGUGAAGAGUUCUUCACUAAGAGGAACUGAAAAAAUUUCUAUUGCAAUGGAAUAAUGAAUGACCAUGUACAGGAAAAUUGCAGAGAUUGUUAGAAGUUAUAAGUUGUUACAAAGAAAAAGCCAUGGAAGGUAAGAAAAGAUAGAUGUGACAUCUGUUUCAAGAAAAUUGAGCAAAACUGGCAUUUUAAGUCCUUUUACAGAUCAGACUGUUUUAACAAAUUAGGCAACUGGAAACAAAGGGCAGCUGUCAAAGACCAAACCAGACAUCAUCAAUCUCUUAAUUUAACAUUUUACAGGUAUGACUUAUUUAGCUUGAUGGAAGAGAUGUUUUUAAAGGCCAGAAUCUGACCCAUCUGCAUUUAGGACAAGAAAUAUACAUAUAUUUUCCAGUAAACCCACAGCUAUGAAGUAGUUUCAGGUCUGUCGACUGCAUAACAGUUCAGUAUCACUUCGCUACACUAUUUCAGUUAUUUUGAAGAUUUCGUGGUGCAUCGUGGUAGUCUCCUGAAUGUGUGAUGUUUAUCGAUUUCCUUCUGGGACUUGAAUGUUUCAGUUGCGUUGUGUCUAUGCAGGGUCAGAAACAAUGACAAGCAAUAGGAUAAAAAAAGACAAUCAAUUAACAUGUUUUCCAUUAUUACAUUUUAUUACCUAUAGAAACAAGCUUCUUUUCUAAAACUCUCUCUCUCAGUGUUGCCAGACGUACGUUAAUUAUCGAAUAUGAACAAUAAUUUUGACCUGUACAGAGGUGGAGUUUGGACCUUCCCACUGAGGUAUGCCUAGUUAUUUAUCUAUUGUGGUAAUUUGCAGUUCAUGUCCAAAUGUUGAUGGUAGAUAGCUGUAUUCUGUAUGUUUGACUCGUGUACGAUAAUCUUCUUACAAAUUUGAUACGUUUUGAUAAUUAUAUAUCAGGAAAUUAUUUGUCGAUGUGACAUUGAAUUAUUAAAAAACAAGUCAGUUUUUGUCCUUAAAGGGUUAGUUCACCCAAAAAUGAAAAUUAGCCCAUUGUUUAUUCACUCUUGAGCCAUCCUAGGUGUAUAUGACUUUAUUCUUUCAGACAAAUCCAAUUGGAGUUAAAUUAAAAAUCGUCCUUCCAAGCUUUAUAAUGGCAGUGAAUGGGUGAUUUUUGUCAACAGUUUAAAAGAAGCCAAAUAAAGUGCAUCCAUCCAUAAUAAAAUGUGCCUCAUAUGGCUUUGGGGGGUGAAUAAAGGCCUCCUGUACUGAAUCGAUGCGUUUUUGUAACAAAAAUAUCCAUAUUUUAAAUGUCAUAUACACUUUUCUCUCACUUCCAGUAACUGUCGUUACUGUCGUAAAUAUCUGGUAUAAUAUGAGUUACAAUGCCUUUUUUAUGGUUUAAUGUUAAAGACAAACAGCACUAGAUACUUAUCGAUGGGGUUCUGGGAGUACAUAAGGCAAACAAGUUUGGAAACACUGCAUUAAAAAUUUAACCUCUUCUCCACAUUUAGAAAUGGCAGAACAAUACAUGUUACAUAGUAUGAGAAAAAAAUAACCUAAUGUACAAUUCCCCAAAAAAUAUUUAAUAAUGUGAAUACUUUUUUUCAGGAACUGUACAAGGCUGACAUUGCAGACUGGUGAGACUGCGUUGCACUCUCACUAGGUUGCUACAACAUGCAGACCCUUUCUCCAGUGUUGCUGGAGCUCUGAAACAUGGGUGACAUCUUGACUUAGCAGAGCUCUUCAUACGUUCUGGAUUCGCCCAGACAACAAACUGGUCUGCGACUGCAGCCUCAAGGUUAACCUGUUACUAUGGAAACAAGUCAGCCAAUAAAAAAACAGCAGACGGUUGCUACGUUGACUGCACCCUUUUUGUUUUAAGGAUGACCUAUUUUUUUUUUUUUUCCAGAGCAAGUCAGAUGCAAGCUUGUGACACUCUCACACAUAAACACACACAGGGACACAGUAAGAGAGGUAGGAAAGCAGGUUACACUUUUGCAAACACGAGUUCAUAUGUUCUGGUAGAGGAUUUGAAUGAAAUAAAAAAAAAAAAAAAAAUCCCAUGACCUCCUCCAUCUGUUUGUAAUGUGAUCUUAAUGUGAAAUUCGAUGAGAUUUUGUCUCAAUGGAGGGGAAUUCUUAAAUACCAUACCAUGACAGUGAGGCAGUUGUCAUAGGAACAGCAUGUACCACAGUGAAAGGCUGAUGUGACUGCAGCUUCAAUGGCUAAUUAGGGUAAACAAAGAACUCUAAUGCAAUCCCUCAUCUACCUGAGUAUAUAAACUAAUCAAACCCGGUUUAAUCAGAGCCUAAUCAAAUCCAGAUUUAGAAUGAGAAAUGUCCUCUGGAAUAUUUGCUGAACCUUUUGCAUUGAUGCCUACAGACAUCACAAAAUGCAAAUCUAACACAGGCGCACAUCUGUUUCUUUUCUAAGUCAGUAAGUCGGAGGAGCAAGACUUGCCUAUGUGAGAUCUCACGUCUGUGAACAUCUUUGUCGGCUGUAAAAAUCCAUUUUUCUUUUUAAAUAUCCUAAUUAACACUGAACUAUUAAAUAUUUAGUUCAGGUUUAGUUCCUCUUUUGCCAUUAAUUUGUUCCCAGAGACAGAAAUAUUUACUGUAAACAAAUCUGCAAGUUCUUACAUGUAAAAAAAUAAAUAAAAAUUAAUUUAAUUUUUUUUUCUGAACAAGGGAAACACCUAAAAUCUGAUUAAAAUGAGAAUUUAAAUGCAUUUUGGUAUGAGUGAUCAGAUCAGAUUUCAUGUUUUUUCAAAACAAAAGAAAAUCUCAUUUUUCUUCACCUUUGCAGGUUCAUAGCCCUCACUUAAAGGCACAAUAUGUAAUUUUUUGCCGUUAGAGGGCGCGUAUUCAAAAUAAUCAAAGACCAGCUAGAGUAGUUUGAUGAUGUCGUGACUGAGUGUGGAAUCAUGGGAGUUGUCGUCUUCAUCCUCACAGUCGAUGCAAUCCGACAGGACUCGGGCAGAAAUCAUGUUCAUGGAUGAGCUAAUGAUUUAUUAACGUAGUAGAAUGAAGCAGGGUGAGGCUAAAAGUCGUCGAAGUGAAACGAGGCCGCUGAACGGCUCGAAAGCAGUGGAGCUUUUAUUAUGCCGCAGUAGACCGCUUCCGCUCCUUCUGGUCAUGCGUAUGUGGGAAGCAGCGCAGUUUUAUCAUACUAGAUACGUUUAAAAGUUCUGUUAUAAUGCUACUCUGUGCGGUCGUCACCAGUCUAUUAAA